CAUCUUGACUCCAUCUGGUCUGCGUGGAAGAAACCGUGGGAGCGAUUUUAUUGGCGGCCGCUGAAGAGAAAGGAAGUAUUCAGUGCAGCUUUCAUUGGAAGACAGCGAUAACUCAGCGCAGUUUUAAUUCUCACUCCGCAACCUCCAGUCACCUUCACAAAAGUGCGUGGAAAUGACGACCUUCAACAGAGGCCCGAGCUUCGGUUACUCCGCGGAGGUCAAAAAUAAGAUUGCAUCAAAGUACGAUGUUCAAAAAGAGGAAGAGCUCCGGAGCUGGAUCGAGGAAAUGACCGGAGAGACCAUUGGCCCUGACUUCCAAAAAGGCCUGAAAAAUGGCGUCAUUCUGUGCAGUCUCAUGAACACACUGGAGAAAGGCUCCGUGCCAAAGGUCCACAAAACCGCUCUGAACUGGCAUCAGCUGGAGAAUAUCGGGAACUUCAUCAAGGCGGCUAAAGAGUACGGCCUGAAGCCUCACGAUGUCUUCGAAGCCAAUGACCUGUUCGAGAACGGCAACAUGACCCAGGUCCAGAUAUCCCUGCUUGCCCUUGCUAGCAUGGCCAAGACUAAAGGGAAUCAAUCCACGGUGGACAUCGGGGUCAAAUAUGCCGACAAGCAGAAACGGAAUUUUGACGAGGAGAAGCUGAAGGCUGGAAACUGUGUCAUUGGUUUGCAGAUGGGGACAAACAGAUGUGCCAGUCAGGCUGGCAUGAAUGCAUACGGAACAAGGAGACAUUUGUACGACCCUAAAGCACACAUCCAGGCACCGAUGGACAACACAACCAUCAGUCUGCAAAUGGGAACAAACAAGGGCGCAAGUCAGGCUGGAAUGACUGCACCAGGGACAAGGCGUCGCAUCUACGACGAGAAGAUGGGCACGGACAAGUGUGACAACAGCACCAUGUCCCUACAAAUGGGCUACAGCCAGGGGGCGAACCAGAGCGGCCAGAUCUUCGGCCUUGGCCGGCAGAUUUACGACGCUAAAUACUGUUCCAAAGGCGGGGAGGUUCCGGAUAAUCUGAAUGGAGCGGGCGGAGCACAGGACUAUGUCCCAGAUUACCAGGAUGAAGGUUACCAGGGUUACCAUGAGGAGGAGCAAGUGUACCACGAAGACGGGACAGAUUAUUAAAUUGGAGGAGGAACUGAAUGUGCGUGGAGACCUCAAUGUGCUUUAGGGUAAUGGGACCUGGUAGUGACACGUUUCUUGUUUGUUCAAACAGCUAAAAGGUAUUUGUACAAUUCGCUUGAUCAUUUGAAUAGUUGCUUAUGAUCUACUUUUUCUACAUACAUUUCAUAGAUAUGAAAUGGGACUAUUUCAGUAAAAAAAACAUCUGAAAAUGAAUCAAAUUAAAAUUUUAAAUCUUCCAAAUUAUUCAACAUCAUCUUCUAAAAUAAUCCAUGUUUACUCUGUUUCAUACAAGCUACAUGUGGAUACCAGGAUCGAUAGUUUUAGUUAAUAUUCCUCGGAUGAUGCACCUUUUCCGGUCUUGUCCUUUUUACUAUGAGUAUGAGUUGUUUUCCUAUUUUUCCUAAAGUAAUGUUACACAUAUCAUGGUGAACUGUAUAUCUGUGAUUAUAUUGUUCUUAUUUUGUCCAAGGAGUUUCUGUAACAUGCCAAACAAUCGCUCUCUUCGUGCUAUGCUGUUACACAGAGAGGAAGAAGCGGGGGGCAGAGGGGGCUGUAAAAGGUCACGGGAAUGCAGUCAAACAAAAUGUUUGCUCACCACCUGUGUGAUUAUUAGAAUGUACAUGUGUCUGUCAGUCCUUCAGUAUUUUACAUGGACCAGUUACAGUCAACUAUUUAGGUCCUUUUGACCAAUGAGGGAAGAAAUGGAAGAAAGAAAUGGGUAUUAGUGACUAUUCCGAUGUAAUCCAGUAGGGAAAAUGGAAUCGACUGGAGAUCGUUUUUAACAUUCCAUUCAAGAAUACUGGAUUUUCUUUCUUAAUCAAGUGAAUCAUUCCUCAACAUUGUUGACGCGACGGAAUAUUAUUUAUGCUCAUUUGUGAUUUGAGUGAGGACUGUUUUUCUACAAUGACUUUAAAUAAACAUUUAGUAAGAAACUGCU